AUGUUUCUUCGCACCGUCUCCCGCGCUGUUCCUCGCAGCACCGCGGCCAUCCGUGUCGCCCCUGCCUCUGUGAAUAUCAUCCAGACCCGCGCUGCCUCUGAGCAUGCCAUCGCCAACCCCACUCUCGCCAGCAUCGAGAAGCGCUGGGAGGGUAUGCCUCCUCAGGAGCAGGCCGAGCUUUGGAUGCAGCUCCGCGACCGCAUGAAGGUUGACUGGCACCAGAUGACCCAGCAGGAGAAGAAGGCCGCUUACUACAUUGCCUUCGGUGCCCACGGUCCCCGCGCCCAGAGCCCCAAGGGUGAGGGCUGGCGUAUCUUCGGCAAGGUUGUGCAGCUGACCGCUGCCUCCGUUGCCAUCUUCUACGCCGUCCACGCCUUCGCUGGCAAGCAGCCCGCUACCAUGUCCAAGGAGUGGCAGGAGGCCUCCAACGAAUAUGCCCUGAAAGAGAAGAUCAACCCCAUCCACGGCAUCAGCAAAGAGGGUUACGAAGGCAAGGGCUUCGUCCAGAGCCCCCCUGCUGAGAAGUCAUAG